AUGGGAGACGCGGGGGCAUUUGUGAAUCAACGGAACAGAGUCAGGCCUCCAGACAAGGGAAGUUUCCCGCUGGAUCACAAGGGCGUGUGCAAGAGCAUGCGGGAGAAUUGGGUAGCCUGCAUGAAUACACACGCCUGGGACAGCAGUAAAUGUCGCUCCGAAUCGGCUGCCUACCUGCGCUGCCGCAUGGACAACAACCUCAUGAGCCCCGAGGAGGUCGCCAAACUGGGUUACAACGAUGUUGAAUGGGACCGGGCGGGGCUAAUCUACCCUGAGAAAUGA